AUGGACAUUUCAAAGUUCACAGCGGCAGCAGCAUCACAAACGAACGAGUUUCAGGUGGCAUUAGCAAGCUUGAAUCUCGACUUUUCCCUGUUCAAGGUAGAAGCACCGCAGGAGUACAAGGCGGUCGGCAAGCACAUAUCAUCAUCGAGAAAGCAAAAUGCAGAAGAAGGCCCGGCACACCGCACCGCUCGAAAGCUUGACACGCUUAUUGGGUCUAUGAUAACAUCGCCUGAACUUUUGGUUAAGGCCUAUGGGCAACGUGUCUCGGAAAUAUCGUCGUCGACGGCGUUCAACCCCCGAGGCUCACAAAAGGACGGCCUCUUCAAAGAACACGUUGGUGCUGACUCGACGACCAUCUGGGCUGCUGCAACAUCCGGCAAAGGUGCAUUGGCGGUGCAUUUGCUUGCUUGCAUGUUGGCGCGCUUAUGGACGCCAGCCGAAGCUACGUCGAUAUGGGCGGAGAUUGUGCAACGUCGCAAAGCGCAAAUUACGGCUGAAUACGACACAAACGAGCCGUCCCAUUUCCCCCUGAUUCAGGCGUCACGUCUUGAAAUCUCGAGAUCUGAGCUUGCAAACUGGGAUGCCGGCGCUCGAGCUUGGCUUACCGUUGCUGACAACGCGAUGUUGCGCCAGCACACGCAGCUACGUCUUAUCACCGAAAACCUCUCCAUUUCAGUAAACAACAAGUUGGACGUGUUCUCGGGCGUUAUUGAUGCUUGGAAGACUGGCAUGCAGACGGUCGAGCACCUUUUACAGGGCAUUGCACAGAGAGUUGAUAAUGGUGCAAUACUCCUCGCGCUAUCGGCCUGGCAUAUCUACCCGGAUAUGAUUGUGUUCGGCGACAGGAACAAGACCAUAAAACAGCAUGAUAAUCUGAUCACAAAAGGAGGAUGCUUGACUAUUGGUCUUGAGGACGCAGACCAGUCUCAAAGCAAAGGAGUAUACUGGUCGCUCUCCUUGGCGCAUCUUCGAUUCUAUGGAGAUCCCAUCAUCUGCCAGCGCUCCGCAGCUGAAGAUGCGUCUCGUGUUACCUUCAAUGAGUUCACGCUUGUUGCCCUGGGAUGCUUUCUUCAGAAAUGGUGUGCAUGGACUCAACACGGCCUGGAGAUCCCAUCGGUCACGAACCUGAUCAUUGCUUUGGGUCGCUUCGUUUCACGCAUAUCCGGCGAGUUCAAAUCCAAUCCAACGAUGACUAUUCAAGAAGCGCUUCCUGCAUACAACUUGACACUUGCAGCCUCAGGCUGGAUUGGUGUUCUUGCGAAAGCCUGCGAGAUGUUGGAGGAAAGCAAUCAAAUCAAGGAGUAUCAGAAUCUAGUCAAACUGGGUACUCGACGAGGUUCUUCAUUCCUAUCUCCUGCAACAGGACAUCCACCUCGGCUAUUUGGUCUUACGUCUCCAGAAAUCGUUCUUAACAUGUUGAAAAGCACCUCGCACGUCCAGUUGAAAGCGUUGAGGGUCUUGGUCUCUGCAGACAAACACCUGCGCAACAAGAACUUAUUCAUCAAGUACCGUCAAGGUUUUGGGUCCAACAAAUGGUAUGAGUUUGCGACCCUAACACCAAUCCGCAACAAUUCCAAAACCAAGGACUAUGUGCGCUGGGUUCCUUUGCAUCUACCAGCUGACACGGCCGGGAAACGACUGCAAGAGAUCGCUUCAUUAGGAGAAGUCUGCGAAAGAUAUAACCCGGACAGUAUUCUGUCGUUUGACGAUGGUAUCAAAUUUUUGACUCGAUCAUCUGGAACACGAACUUGGGAUGAUGUGGCGCCGAUGUCGCUUGCUCUCACGAAUGACGAGGCGUACGAACACAAGUCAAACAGUGGAACUGUUACUCAAAUUCGCAUUCGGAAUCUAGGCCGUGGGUGGCCGGUAUCUCUCUUCACCAUGGACAGUGACCUGAAGCAAAUCGACAUGGACAUUUCGCCAAACCACCUCAUUCGGUUCCUGGAUGAAAGACUUUUUGACGUCGCCAAACUCGAAAACCAUCUGACUCAUUCCUGGUUCGAGAAGUCAUCGCCUGCUUAUAUCCGAUGCAUGAAAGCUCUUGCGUCUGCGAAUACAAUAUACGGUUCCUUGCCUGGGGCCACAGUCUCCCUGAGCGUGCUACGUCGAGAGCUGGGGAAGCAGAAAUGGGUCCCAAAAGAUAGUACCUCCGACUCCAUGUGCGACGAAGACGAAGAUGAUGAUUUUGUUAUGAUCAAGAGGCGCCACCGCUUCUUCGAAGGGUAUGAGGUUGAUAGAGCUCAUGGGCUAUCUUGCGUAGCAUUCUUCGAGACUGGCUCACUGGACUUGUCACCUGAUUCCUUCGACAAUGUUCUAGCUAUCUCGUCCGGAAACUCUAUAUUUGCGUCAAAAUCAAUCCUCUGCGACCCUUGGGAGAACCCAGAGCCAUACAAACUUCAGAGGCUUACUGCCAACAUUGGAAGACCGGGACUCUCAUUACUCAUACCACCCAUCAAUCCAAAAAUGCGGCAGCCUGAAUUCGAUUCUUGGAAGGUAGUCAACCACGAGCCUUUUGACGGAGGCUCCAAAGACCAUUUCAGCAAUACCUCUAUCCACCUUUCAUUCACGAAGUACGAAAGCCCCGUUCCAGGCGCGGUUCACCAUGGUGCCCAGGAUGUCGAGGCGACUUACGUUGAGACCCUAGCACAAGUCCAUGAAGGCCCGAAGUGGGUUGCUGAUGUGGACAUUCUUGCAGCACUGCAAAGUAGCCUCCUGAAGAGAGUAGCCUUUCCGAAUGAAUGCGAAGGCCACGUAAUCAGACAUAAGCCCAGGUUUCCUGCGGCAUCAAUUGACAACUGGGAAGAGAUGAUUGACAGCCCUGGAACAGCGGGUGUAGUAAGGGCAGAGGACAACUUCGUGGCGAGACUUGCAGCUGCAGCAGUGUCCGUCCAGCAGGGAAAAUUGACUUUCAUCCUUCCAAGGCAGCUUUGCUGGAAGUGCAUUGAGAACGACACAUGGCAUACACAGGAUGAUUUGGCGGGGGGGACGUUCAUUUGGUAG